AUGUUCAAGACAGUUGAUUUCUCAGAAACAUCUCCUGUCCCGCCUGGCUCUGAUACCGAUCUUGCCCCUACACAAUCGCCACACCAUGUGGGGUCAAGCCAGGACUCUAAUUAUGAACUUUUACCCCGGGGUUCUGAUGAUAAAAUUGACGCUGAAAAAGGUCCACACGAUGAACUUUCUAAGCACUUGCCAUUAUUUCAGAAAAGACCUCUGAGCGAUACUCCCAUAUCAAGCAAUUGGACCUCUCCUCGAAUCACUGAAGAGAAUACCCCUUCAGAUUCUCCUGAAAAUAGCGCUACAAAUUUGAAGUCGCUUCAUCGACUACAUAUUAACGACGAAACCAAGUUGAAAAAUGGCAAUAUUCCCAUGGAUGACGUCGCCGAUUACAUUCCUCCAUCUAAUGAAACAAAUGAGAUCACUCGUAUUGACUUAAAGGAUAUCAAAUCGCCCUCCAGACAUCAUAAAAGGAGACCCACAACGAUUGACGUUCCUGGAUUAACAAAAUCUAAAACUUCUCCGGAUGGCCUCAUAUCCAAGGAAGACAGCGGAUCCAAAUUAGUCAUUGUUAUGGUCGGGUUGCCCGCUACAGGGAAGUCAUUUAUCACAAAUAAGUUAUCAAGGUUUUUAAAUUAUUCUUUAUACUAUUGUAAAGUGUUUAAUGUCGGUAACACUAGAAGGAGAUUUGCUAGAGAUCAUGGUUUGAAAGAUCAAGAUUCCAAUUUUUUCGACCCAAAAAAUUCGGAUUCUACCAGGUUAAGAGACAAAUGGGCCAUGGAUACCCUCGAUGAACUGCUAGACUAUUUGUUGGAAGGUGCAGGGUCCGUGGGAAUAUUUGAUGCAACAAACACUUCCAGAGAGAGAAGAAAAAAUGUACUGGCCAAGAUCAGGAAAAGAAGCCCCCAUUUAAAGGUUUUGUUUUUAGAAUCUGUCUGCUCCGAUCAUGCGUUAGUACAGAAAAACAUUAGACUAAAGCUCUUUGGUCCAGACUAUAAAGGAAAAGAUCCUGAAAGCUCUCUAAGAGAUUUUAAAAGUCGCUUGGCAAAUUACCUGAAAGCUUAUGAACCUAUUGAAGAUGACGAAAACUUGCAAUACAUUAAAAUGAUAGAUGUGGGAAAAAAAGUCAUCGCAUAUAACAUUCAAGGGUUUUUGGCUUCACAGACAGUUUAUUACUUGUUGAAUUUCAAUUUAGCUGAUAGGCAAAUUUGGAUAACAAGAAGUGGUGAAAGUGAGGAUAAUGUUAGUGGUCGUAUUGGUGGAAAUUCUCAUUUAACACCUCGAGGUUUGAGAUUUGCCAGAAGUUUACCCAAAUUCAUUGCCAGACAAAGGGAAAUAUUUUAUCAAAAUCUUAUAUUACAGAAGAAAAAUAUUGAAAAUCCAGGCAAGAAUCUUUAUAGCGACUUUUUUGUUUGGACCAGUAUGCGUGCAAGAACCAUCGAGACUGCCCAAUAUUUCAACGAAGACGAUUAUCCGAUUAAACAAAUGAAAAUGCUGGACGAAUUAAGCGCAGGUGAUUAUGAUGGUAUGACAUAUCCGGAGAUACAAAACAAUUUCUCGGAAGAAUUUGAAAAGCGGCAAAAGGACAAAUUAAGAUAUAGAUACCCUGGUAUUGGCGGUGAAUCAUAUAUGGAUGUUAUCAAUAGACUUAGACCAGUGAUCACUGAACUAGAGAGAAUUGAGGACAAUGUUCUUAUUAUCACACAUCGUGUGGUAGCAAGAGCUUUAUUGGGGUAUUUCAUGAAUUUGAGUAUGGACAUUAUUGCUAAUUUGGAUGUGCCAUUGCACUGUGUUUAUUGUUUGGAACCAAAGCCUUAUGGAAUCACUUGGUCAUUAUGGGAAUAUGAUGAAACAUCGGAUUCCUUUUCUAAGGUUCCUCAAACGGACUUGAAUACCACAAGAGUGAAAGAAGUUGGUCUUGUUUAUAAUGAAAGAAGAUAUUCUGUUAUACCAACAGCUCCACCAAGCGCAAGAAGCAGUUUUGCAAGUGAUUUUCUAUCGAGGAAAAAAUCCAACGUAGCUUCUUCGUCAUCUUCCCAGAAUGAUUUGUCAGAUGGGCCCAAAAAUACUGUUAGUGCUCAAAUCGGUAGCAAUAAUACCACCAUCAAUGAGAGUAACAGCAACAGUAACAGCAACAAUAAUAAUAAUAGCACUUCUAAAAUACCAUUGUCUGCACCAUUAAUGACUACUAAUGCUUCCAAUAACAUCUUAGAUGGUGGCGGUACCUCCAUUUCAAUCCAUCGUCCAAGGAUUGUUCCAAACCUAAAUAACGUGAAUCCACUAUUGGCUAACAAUAGUAACGCAAUUUCUAACACAGUCAAUUUGAAAAAAUCACAACCCACAGCAAGACAAAUGUUUGAAAUAGACAAAGUUGACGAGAAAUUAUCCAUGUUGAAGAAUAAAAACUUUCAGUUACAUGGCAAAAACUACUCUACGGAGAAUGAUGAUGAUGACAACGAUGAUAUCAGGGCAAAAACAAUGACUCGCAGCCAAAGUCACGUUUGA